AUGAAGACUGUUUUAUUGAUUUUUGUGACCAUCGCAGUUGCAAGUGUGACAGGCGAGCAAUCGACCGAGUCAACGAAAAAAGAAAAGCGCGGAGUUGCUUUUUUGGGAUCACCGGGUUUUGAUAUCGUCGGAGUACUUCCGGCUUUUGGUCAGCACUGGAACCCAGCUAGCUUCGGAGGCUCGUUUUGGCCUGGACAAUUUUCCUCAGACCUCGCUUUGAGCCAAGUCCAGUCUCAGGCAACUCACAACGUCGCUCUUCAAGCGCUAAAAGACUCUUAUCCAAGUACUCCAAGCAUCAGUUACCCUCCGGAAGUCAUACGAGCGAUUCACUCAGCAAAAGAAGCCAAUCACAAUGUCCUCGUGGCUCAGCAUCGCGUAGCAGAGGCAAAACAAGCGGCAGUUAUUCAACAAAAAAUAGCUUUGGCCAAAGAAGCCGCUGCAAGAGAAGCUGCUCAGCGAUCAGAAGUAAUAGCAGCACAAGCGCAACACGAAGCACGAGCAAGUGCCCAACAACUGGUGGCACUUCAACAAAAAUUAGCUUCCCUAAAAGAUUCAGUGGCAGCCGCUCAAAGAGUCGCCGCAGCUCGUGAAACAGCUGCUGCUGCAGCCAUUCAACGCAACGCCGCGGACACCGCCGCUGAACUUCGCAAACAGGAAGUCGACAAGCAAAUCACACAGACUGAAAAAGAAGCCAAGGUUCGUGACAUCGUCGCCGCUAAAGAACACGCGAUUGCUAACGCUGUCCAACAUGCCGCCGCUUCAAAGUCAACUUACCCGCCCUGGGGACGAUAA